AUGAAUAAUCGACUUGCUGUUCUACUUGACCCACCUAGUCGAUAUCCACCUGUUCAAAGUGAACUUGGACAUCGCGUUCAAUAUUUUGCUAAUAGAGAUAUGUCCGUCCAACACAUAUUAACUCAAAUGCCAAACUAUCAGCGAAUUGAUUUUUUUCUACCUUCUCACGAACGAACAUUGGUUGGAAAUCAAAUAGCUUUACUCCAAAAUGUUUAUUUUCACAUCUACUACCCGACCAAUGAUGACAUUCCAAAUAACCACAAUAACCCAUGCAUGUGGAUCAAAACCUUCGAAGAACGCGAACUGUGGAUGAGAAUUAGUUUUACAAUCUAUCAUCAUGAUUGGAUGUCUCAUGCCGCGAAUAAUUUCGGUGAUGCAACUCUUAAUGUUUUAAGAAAUACAUAUAAUAUACUUUUGCAAGAAGUACAAGCAGCACAAUUGAGCGUGGAAGCUUCGGGAUAG